CACGCCCGCGCGGAACUGACAUGGCGCCCUCUUGGCCGGAGCUUCCGGGCGGGUCCUUCCGACGGCCCCCUCGGUGAUUCCACCACUCAGCUUCCUUCCCGGCCUGCCUCGCGCCGGCCGCCGGGCUGGGCCAGAGCAGCCAAGAUGGCCGACUUCGAGGAUCGGGUGUCGGAUGAGGAGAAGGUACGCAUAGCUGCUAAAUUCAUCACCCAUGCACCCCCAGGGGAGUUUAACGAAGUAUUCAAUGAUGUCCGGCUACUGCUUAAUAAUGACAAUCUCCUCAGGGAAGGGGCAGCACAUGCCUUUGCCCAGUAUAACAUGGAUCAGUUCACACCUGUGAAGAUAGAAGGCUACGAUGACCAGGUCUUAAUUACAGAGCAUGGUGACCUCGGUAACAGCAGAUUUUUAGAUCCAAGAAACAAAAUUUCCUUUAAGUUUGAUCAUUUACGGAAAGAAGCAAGUGACCCCCAGCCAGAGGAUGUGGACGGAGGCUUGAAGUCUUGGAGAGAGUCCUGUGACAGUGCUUUAAGAGCCUAUGUGAAAGAUCAUUAUUCCAACGGCUUCUGUACUGUUUACGCUAAAACUAUAGAUGGGCAGCAGACCAUUAUUGCAUGUAUUGAAAGCCAUCAGUUUCAGCCCAAAAACUUCUGGAAUGGUCGUUGGAGAUCAGAGUGGAAGUUCACCAUCACACCACCUACAGCCCAGGUAGUUGGCGUGCUCAAGAUUCAGGUUCAUUAUUAUGAAGAUGGCAAUGUUCAGUUGGUUAGUCAUAAAGAUGUGCAGGACUCAGUAACUGUUUCUAAUGAAGUCCAGACUGCCAAGGAGUUUAUUAAAAUCAUAGAGAGUGCAGAAAAUGAGUAUCAGACAGCAAUUAGUGAAAACUAUCAAACUAUGUCAGACACCACAUUCAAGGCCUUGCGCCGGCAGCUUCCAGUUACCCGCACCAAAAUCGACUGGAACAAGAUACUCAGUUACAAGAUUGGCAAAGAAAUGCAGAAUGCUUAAGGGCCGACUGUACAAGUCUCCAGUACAUGGAAAGAAAAGGAUUCAACACGGUGUGGUCAUGAUAAAUAAGUGAUUUGUAAACAAACAAGAGUGAUAUUUUGCUAGUUAACAAAGUUAACAGAUCUUCUAGCCUCAUGGAAUACUGUUGAACCUACAGCACUGUCUUGAUUCUUUUGUGUGUGUUCUCUGCCUUGUAACUUUCUGUUAUCACUAUAUCUACUUGUAAAUCUUUUGUUUUUACUUCUGCUACAUUUAAUGUUGAAGAGAUCUGUCCUGAAGUCAUUUUACUGUUUAGAAAAUUUCCUAGCCAUGAAGUCCUAUUACUGGUUUUUUACAGAGUAUCUGUUCAGUAGGUUUUUACCCCUAUGCUUUAAAGCACUUCCAGUGUUCUGUGGCUUUUAAUGAUCCACCAGUUGCUAAAGAGGCUACACUGCAAACUGUAGCUAAGUGGACAACACACUCCUUCUCUGUCUGACUGCUUUGAUCAUUUAGAGCAUCUCACAACUGUAGUUAUUAGACAUUUGGAUUGGGGCCUUUGGGGUCCUUAGGAGGCAAAGGAAGUUUCCUGGAAAUUCCAUGGCAGCAGCUUCUCUGGGGCUUGUUUUUAAAUCCAAAGACUUGAACCACAUCCCCUGCACAUGAUCAUUUGCUUAUUUUCACUUUCCUCCCAUCUACUUCUGUUGUAGCCGUGGAUGUCUGUAGGAAGCGCAGCUUAGAAAAAACAUUGGGGGAAACAAUUGCCAAUCAUGUGGAAGGGGAAAUGAUUGAUGCCUCAUCACUGGAAUGCUGGUAUGAUCACACAACCUAGUGAUGCUUUGCUCUUUUAUUAGGAGCCAGCCUGCACAUGAAUCUCCAGCUCCAUCCCCUCCAUUCUGAGCGUUGUUUAGGCCCUAAGGCUGAGCUUUGUCUUUAAGAAGAGAACCUAUGCCUAUUACAUAUCCUUCCUCUCUAGGCUCUAGCCCUAAGGUCUGCUUAUCAGUUGUUAGAAUUCCUUCCUAUUAAAGGCCACAGGUGCUUUACUAUUUUGCAGGGGAAUUUAGAUGUCACCAGCCCUGAAGCUUUGUUAUGAGAUUUGUCACAAGGAAAAUUUCCCUUAAAGUUCUACUAUAUUUAGAGAUGUGGAGAAAUUAAAACACAGAAUCAGAUUCUAGACAUCUUGAUUCACUCUGACCAAGUCUGGCUGCACCAAGUUUUCAUUCUUAUCUCUCCUCCACCCACUUUCCUGCCAGUAGUAACACAUGCAGGGACGCCUCAUUAGAUUUCAGCAUUUUUAGAAGAGUUUUGCCCAUUUGUAUUUCUGUUUAAUAUUCAAGAUCUGGUGACAUACUCUGGAUGUAGUAGAGUAUAAAACUUGAAAAAAACGCAGAAUUGAAGGAAUAAUAUGUAUCUGUGCUUUAAUGCUCUCUGGCGGGAUUAUUCAAAGCAGAUGAAUAAACAGUUAUGUCACUCACAAAGCUGGAAUGAACCAAAGUGAAAAGGAAAACUUCCAGGCAGUGUCUUUCUGCCAUAGCCUGGGAUUUCAGCAAAUGCUAGUGCUUUCUUCUAAACAGGAUGUAGAACUCAUUCCAAAUGAUUCUUACUCCAUCAUCCUGCCUGCCAAAAACUCAUAAGAUAACUGUGAUAUAGCUACCUUCCCAGGUAUAUUGGCAGGUAUGUGUGUGUAUGAUCUCAGAACACACAGGUAAUGUGAUAUGACCUAUGACAACUGGUAAUGGUGGAUUCAUUUACAUUGUUUACACUUCUAUGACCAGGCCUUAGGGGAAGGUCAGUUUUUUAAAAAAACCAAGUAGUGUCUUCCUAACUGUCCCCAAGUACAAGUAAAAACAGAAGAGUUUUUGCUUCAGCUUUGUUUUUUGCUCAGUAAUACAGUCAAGCAGGAGUUUGUUUGCAAAUGAAAGCUGUGUAAGCAUUUUUGUUUAUUUCAAAUAAAAUAUAUUUGUAUUAUUUGUCAUUCAUACUAUCCAUCCAUGCCACACUAUCUUCUGUAUUAGGUAGUCCAAUAGAAAUAUACCUGUUUUGUUCUAAAA